AUGCAGCGACGCUCAGCGGCAGCGCCGCCCGUCUCUCCCCCGAACUCGGCAGGCCCUUCGUCACACGGGAUGGUCCGCAAGCGCACCCUCCAGGACCUCCAGCCUCCCUCGUCACCCAACAUGCAGUCCUUCCCUCACCCAGGCUCGUCGUCGUCUCCCUCGAUCCAGCACUCGAUCCAGUUCGACUCAUCGCCAAGGAACGCCCAACUCUCGUCUCCCGCGAGCAUCUACUCGUCCCCUGGCAUGGCCCGCUCUGCGUCUGCCCAGGCGACGUUCAGCCCUUUCCGCCAGACCAUCACGACGAGUCCUCUCGGCAGAAUGUGCGAGCAGGACGAGGAAGUCCCGGGAGGAAGGAGGCCAGGCAUGAAACGGAGACGGACGAUCGCAGGCGACUCCCCGACCUCACCCGUCAAGCAGGACAACUCAGUGUCGCAGCAGCUAUCGUACACACCGCGCUGCGCAGGCAAGGACGGCGAGGACGUCUGGCCGCCCGAUGUCGAGGAAGCCUUCCACACAGCACUCGCUCUGCUUCCUCGUCUCGGGCGCAAGAAGCUCAUCAUCAACGGCAAGCCCUGCGGACGAAAUGAGCUUAUUGGCGACUACAUCCUCCGGACGACAGGCAAGGCUCGCUCGCGCAAGCAGGUCUCAAGUCACAUUCAGGUCCUGAAGAACUUACGCAAGGACGACAAGGACUUCAUGGAGCUCGUCUCUGAACCUGCCGAGGGCGACGACCGGUUCGCGCCCGGCAACGCUCGCCUCUUCUUCGGCGACGAGUCGCCCUACAUCCGCCCUUCAGCCUUCUCCAUCGGCCUUGGCUUGCCAGCCAUCGAUGUGACCGCUGCCUCGUCCACCUUCACUCCCUACCCUGCUCCUGCGCAGUCGCCUUUCGCGCUUCACUCGCCCUUCGUCUUGCACCCCUCGCAUGGCGCCUUGACUCCGACGACGGAACUCGCGCACGCCUUUCAGGACAUGUCGGUUCUCCCUCCUCCCAUCCCCGCCGCCUGUCCCUUCUCUCCCUCCGACUUCGCCAUGAUCGUCCCGUCAAAGCGAGACGCUCAGCGUCAGGAAGGUCACGUCCUCGCCUCCCUCAACCAUCGUCAAUCCGGCGCACCGCUUCGCAAGAUCCUCGUCGAGGAUCUCCCUCACGGCUCGAAGCGGUACCCGAUGCUGCCGGCCAUGCUCGCCUGCCUCCCCUGCCAGUUCCUCCACUUCAAGCUCAACCUCGACAUCCCCUCGCUCACCACUGCAUCCGCACUAGGCACCCAGGUCGCCGCGCACGUCCGCCUCGACACGAUGCAGAACCUCCCUCUCUCAGUCGUGACGACCAUCUUCUGCCACGGCGACCGCAUCAUCCAGUUUGUCGAGUCGCUCGCGCCGCCCGUCGCGAUCGGAGACGCCGCCUCACCGCUCGGAGCAGGCCGCUCGCCUUCGCCCGUCAUGCGCCACAAGUUCUCCUACGAGCUCCCCUUCGCCGAGACCUACUGGUCGCACUUCCUCUCGGCCAACGAGGAGGGCAGCGCCUCCUUCGGACGGAACGGCAAGGCGCGCUUCGAGCUCGCGCAGAACCUGAGCAUGUUCUCAGUCCUGCAGGAGGUCGUCGUCACGCCUGACGACGGUCUCGCGCUUGCGCAGGUCGACGACAGCGUCGAGAUCAGGGGAAGCGAUUUCGGAGACGUCGUGCUCGUCAUUGCGUACGACAUUGAGGUCGUCGAGGGACUGCACCGCGGGACGGCCGAAUUGUCGCUCCUCUCGUCGAGGCAUGCGGGCGCCGGCUUCGCACCGAGCGAGAUGGCCUCUGUGUCGUCGUUCUCGCCGCAGCUCGAUGCGCCGGGCAUGUCGCGCAGCGCGACCUUGCCGGCGAGCAUGGCGUUCAGCCAAGUGCCCGCGCCCGACAUGCAAACCUCGAUGCCGCCUCCUCGUCUCUCCCGCCGCAGUCCGCCUACGUCCUCUCGCACUCACCACCGCCGUCAGUCGUCGUCUUCGAACAAGCCAAACCUGUCGCUUCACAUCCCGCCUCCGAGCGACUUCGUGCGGCUCUCAGCCUCGACAGCAGGACCGUCGAACUCGCAGCUUCAGCCACCUAGCAACGGUCACCUCGCCGCGCCUCGCCCUCCGCUCACGCCGUCGACGCCGUGGGACCAAGUCGCCCACACGCCCGACGCGCCGCCGCCCGUCUUGCCAGACUCGGGCUCUGCCGCCCAGCGCGAGCGUCUCGAGCACAUCUGGCUGCAGAACGCGACGUACGAAUGGGACCUACACUCGCCGGCGUUGAUGGGACUGCAGGAGCACAGCUACCUCUCGUCAUCUCUCUCGCGACCCGCCAGUCUCGCUCCCUCGCCUAUCGACGAGAACGGCAUCUUCUCCAGCGCGUCGUCGCUUCCCGUCCCGCCCGCGCUGAGCCAGCAGGCAUUCCCUCAGCACUUGCAGUCACAGCCGAUGUAUUCCGUCCACCCCGACCACCAUCUCUACGGCGCCGACUUUUCGACUGGUCUCGAAGACCCUUCCCUCCCGGACCUCCUCUCAGUGUCGACGUCCUCGAGCAGUUCAGGCUCCACUCUCUCGUCCACUCAGGCAGUGGAGCCGGCGCCGCAGCCUCGCACAUCCGCACCGCCCCCGCCGCAAGUGCCGCAGAGCAAGCUGAAGGUCAAGCAGGAGCAGGACUUCUUCUCGAGCUUGCUCGGGUCAACAACCAAGUACACUGGCGUUUACGCUUCUUGA